AUGGGGGGCAACCAAGCUACUCAAGUAGAUCGAUUCAUCGUGAGUGACCGACAUGUCGACAUCCACAUUACUGCGAGGGUAUCCGAUUGGUACUGGGCAGUCAUGUCGAUUAUGGGUUUCACAACGUUAGCGAUCCUGGCGCUGGGCUUCUUGAGGCCCGCAAACAGUCGAGUGUUUUUCUAUAUUCUUUCUGCUAUGGCCUUCAUGGCGACCAUUGAAUACUACAGCAUGGCAUCCAAUCUUGGCUGGGUUCCCAUUGAUGUACAGUGGCAGCGCAGCAGCGGAUUAGUCUCUGGCGCAAAUCGUCAAAUCUGGUGGGUCCGCUAUUGUGGCUGGUUCUUAAUCUGGCCAUUACUAUCAUUGGCCUUACUCUUGACGUGUGCUGCUCCAACUGUUCAUAUCCUUUGGGCAUGCUUUCUGAGUUGCGUGAUGGCGGCCAUGGCUCUCAUUGGAGCCGUAGUGCGCAGCAUUUACAAAUGGGGUUACUUCGGCUUCUGGGUUUUUUCAUGGUUGAUGCUAGGUUAUUGUCUUGUGUGGGGACCUCGCCCUUACGCACGAGCCCUAGGCCGAAAGGUCUGGCGAGUCCACACGAUUUGUAGCAUCUGGAUCUGGUUUCUGUGGAUGUUUUAUCCUGUAUGCUGGGGUCUCAGUGAAGGUGGCAAUGUGAUUACGCCGGACUCCGAGUUUAUCUUCUAUGGCAUUCUGGACUGCUGCUUGAUACCAUUAACAUGUGGAAUUUUUCUUGGUCUCCACUGGAAAAUCGAUCCACUCAACCUUGGACUCUAUAUACGCGGUUUUUAUGACCCGAUUGGCGGUUAUGAACCGGUCACUGGAAGCGGGGCCCUCCAGGAGAAAGCGGACGAGUCAGCCAACCGACGAAGCAUUCGGAAUAAAUAUCACGGAAGCAAAUCAGGAGGCAAUUGGAACGUGCCCUCAGAUGCACGUUGA